UUUAAUGUGAUUAUCUAACACGCCAUUAGCUCACGAUGCAGCGCAAAGCGCAUGCGUGCGGUGAAGCAGCAACAUGCACAUCAGGAAGCUCAGAAUCAGAGAUGAUAUAAAAGUUUCCGCUCGCUAGCAUCGUCGCUCCCAUCCAGCAGCGAUGCACAAGGAAGGGGACGAGGUGCAGGACGACUGCGGCUCCCGGGAGGAGUGGACGCUCCUGUUCUGGACCUCUCUGGCCGUCAUCGUCCCGGUCAUCAUCACGCUGUGGUGCAGCGCCCAGCGCUCCAAGCGGAAAACGCACAUGAAGGAUUUCUUUCGCAAGAGCAAGCACGGCUGGCACUACACGGACCUGUUCAACAAGCCCACCUACUGCUGCGUCUGUUCCCAGCACAUCCUCCAUGGGGCUUUCUGCGACUGCUGCGGCGUGUGCGCCGACGAGCACUGCCUGCGCCGGGCCGACCGGAUUCUGACGUGCAAGGAGAUCAUGGCCCCCUGUAGCCCCGGCGGAGCCAUGAAGCACCGCUGGGUCCGCGGAAACGUCCCCCUCGCCAGCUACUGCGCCGUCUGCAAACAGCAGUGUGGGACCCAGCCGAAGCUCUGCGACUUCAGGUGUGUGUGGUGUCAGUCCACAGUGCACGAUGACUGCAUGGACAGCCUGCCGGCUGCAGACCACUGUGAGCUGGGCGAGUUCCACAACCUCAUCAUCCCUCCUCACUACCUCUACCGCGUCAACAAGCUCCGCCGCAGGCACCCCGAAGAGUACAGCAAGCUGGCUGCGUCCUGUGGCAGUGGCUGGACUCCAGUGUUGGUCUUGGCUAACACACGUAGCGGUAACAACAUGGGGGAGGCGCUGCUGGGAGAAUUUCGUAGCAUUCUGAAUCCUGUGCAGGUGUUUGACCUGUCUGAGCUGACUCCCCCCAAAGCCCUCCAGCUGUGCACCCUGCUGCCUCCCGGCAGUGUCCAGGUGCUGGUGUGUGGGGGCGACGGCACCGUGGGCUGGGUGCUGGAUGCCAUCGAUUCUAUGAAGCUGAAGGGCCAGGACCAGUUCAUGCCAAGGGUCACCAUCCUGCCCCUGGGGACAGGAAAUGACCUUUCCAACACUUUAGGCUGGGGUGCCGGGUACGCAGGAGAGAUCCCUGUGGAACAGGUUCUCCGUAACAUCCUCGAUGCCGAGGUGGUCAAAAUGGACAGAUGGAAAGUGCAGGUUGCUUCAAAAGGCCUCUACUUUCGUAAACCAAAGGUUUUGUCCAUGAACAACUACUUCUCUGUGGGGCCUGAUGCUCUGAUGGCGCUCAACUUCCACACGCAUCGUGAGAAAACUCCCUCCUUCUUCUCCAGCCGCAUCAUCAACAAGACUGUAUAUUUCCUGUAUGGCACCAAAGAUUGUUUAGUGCAGGAAUGUAAGGAUCUGGAUAAGAGGAUUGAGUUGGAGUUGGAUGGGGAAAGGGUGGCGCUGCCCAGCCUGGAGGGCAUCAUCGUUUGUAACAUUGGCUAUUGGGGUGGAGGCUGCAGACUCUGGGAGGGUAUGGGGGAUGAACCCUGCCCCCCCACAAGGCUGGAUGAUGGUCUGCUGGAGGUGGUGGGUGUGUUUGGCUCCUUCCACUGUGCUCAGAUCCAGGUCAAGAUGGCCAAUCCUGUACGGCUGGGACAGGCCCACACUGUCAGGCUGGUUCUCAAGAGCUCCAAGAUGCCCAUGCAGGUGGACGGGGAGCCGUGGGCCCAGGGUCCCUGUACCAUCACCAUAACCCAUAAGACCCAGGCCGUCAUGCUGUACCACAGCGCCGAGCAGACGGACGAUGACGAUGACGAAUCCAGCGCCUCGGAGACAGAGAGCCCCACCCCUCAUGACUCACCCAGGCCCCCGGGGCCGGCCUCUGCUCGUGCAUGACCCGCCUCAGACAUCAUGUGAUCUGAAGCUCCUCUUAUUUUAGGCUCCGUCUUCUUUUCUGCAGCCCAGUUUCCAUUAAUCACUCCACUGCAGUGGCAUUUCCUCUUCGCAUUCUUAGAUCUUUGAACACACUUUAUCCUCCAAUCACGUUGAUAAGAAUCGCGGUUAUAAUUUUCCUGUUCUAAAUUUUUUUUAUGUUUUCAAAGAGCUCACUGGGGUUGAAAGGUGAGUUUGGAAAUGGGCUGGUGUGAUUUGGGUCUUUAUAUCUCUCCAUAUAUUGUAACCCAGAGCUCAGGCAGUCACCCCUCCCCCUUUCACAAGUGAGACAGUCAGGAGGGGGUGAAUGUUUGCGAGAAAGAUUGCUGUUUAUUUGCACUGAUCCCUUGUGCCAUAGCCAUCUAUAGUCAACUACAAAACUCUAUUUAUUCUACUGUAUUUACAAUUGAAUGCCCAGUGUGGCCCUGCAGGUAUAUGUGAGCCAUUUUAACUAUGUGGCCCAGGUUAAACGUUGUGCAGGGAAGGUUUCGCUAAAGAUACAUCCAUAGCUUGAUUCCUCUUUCUUUCUUUUUUACUCCAGAAAGAGCACAAACAAACAAAAAGCAAAAACAUUUCCUUGGUGUGAAAUGUUAAACUGCUCAGAAUAUCUGUUAGAUUUCCCCUUCAGGCUCAUCACAGCAUUGAUUUUAUAAUACUUUGAAAUGUGUGUGAAAGCCUAAAGGUCUCUGAAUCAAUGGAUCAAGGGCUCUGUUACAACUGCAGUGUUGGUAAUCACUGGACAUGUUGGUUUGCUCACUUCAUGGUGCCCUGUCUUAAGUAGCUCACCAAACUGCUAGAUUGUACUAAGAUACAGUCUUAUAACUAUAUUUUCCUGUAAGAGCUACAGGAAACAACCUGACUUUAUUUUGAAAGUACUGUCGAGUAACUUUGAUUUUGCCAACUUGUAAAACCGUUUUAGUGUUUUCCUUUUCUUUACAUUUUUCUCCCCGUUUACAUGUUUUGUGUUGCACUGUUUUAGCACUUAUACUGAUAAAUACCUUACACUGCGUAGGAUGUAGGUUAUAUAUAUAUAUAUAUAUAUAUAUAUACAUGAAACCAUAAUGCCGACACUUGAUGUUGUUGCCGAUAGUGAUAACUGCUGAUGAGAUUAAGCUGUCCCAUGUUGUUGUUUUACGUUAUUCAUGUAAUCCUCUUGCAUUUCAUACUUUGUUGUUUACCAAAUAGUCAUCACAAGGUGACAGACUAAAGACAGUAUUAUCUGCAGACCGGUCAAGUAGAUUGUCUUCAGUUUUCAAAUGAAUACCAUCAGUCACUCGCAUUUACUUCUCUGUGUAGUGUUCAGUUGACUUGCAUCUUUCCUGUUCUCUACGUAAUGUAGGCAAGAGGUCAUUUGUGUUUGUCAGUCGAAAUCUUGUAAAGAAAUUAAUGUUACCACUUGGUGGUCCUGUUUAUGGUUGCCUGUUGCUCAAAGCCAUAUCAGAAAAGCCUGUCGUAUGUUAGUUUAUGCUUUCUUAUGAACCUGGAGCCAACUUGCUGCACAUAAGGCUGAACAGGGAUCAGUUCUUAGCCCAGGUUGCCUAUGCUUUUUGAAUAUGCACCUCCGUGGCAGGUAACCAAGCCUUGUGGUUUCAUCACCCUCUUAUUUGUUGCGUGAAUGUCUUCUUGCUCAAGGACACCGGUUCAACCUUUUACCUACUUAUCCAUGUUUACCAGAGUUGUGUGUUGUGUUGCACUGAAAUAGCUUAAAUGUAACGGGUUUAUUGUGAGGGUUUUCAGCCAUGCUAGCAGCAUGCUUUAGUUCACUGUUUUCAGAGCGAAAUACCUUGACAACUGUUUGAAUUGUGCCGCAAUUUGGUCCAAAUAUUGAUGGAUGCCUGAAAUUGAAUCCUAAUGAUUUUGUUGAUCCUGAGUGUAUAUACACCACCAACCGGUCAAAAUUGGGCUUGUCAAAUAUUGUAGUACUUGACAUGAAACUCUUUGAUGUAAAUUACUGACUGAAUUUCUCUCAACCUCAGCUGUAGUUUGAGACUAAUGCUAGAUAGCAUACUAACAUCCUAAAUAUCAUAAAUACAUCCUUACUAUAUUCAUGACAGCACAUGCUAGCAUGCUAGCCUCCCGCUCAAGUCAGAGUUGGACCUAAAUACAGGUGUUGAUUGCAAAACAGGUUUCACUACUCAAUAUUUUUAUAUUAACAAUGAAUAUAAUUACUAUGUGUAAUGUAAAGAGACUAGAAUCACCAAUGCCACAGUUCCCCUUUGAUUUACAGGGUGCUUUAGCAUCUUUCCAUUUCUAGUUUUAUUUUUAUGGGUUCCCUGUUUUGGUCACAUAAAUAAUUGUCUCCUUUUAAAGUUUCAAUUUCAGCAUAUUGCUUUCAAUGUCAUUACCUCAUUUACAAAGUGUUGCAAUGGUAGAAUAAAGGGUAACACACAUAAAUAUGAGCACUGUACAAGAAGCCUGCUGUCCUUAUGGAAACUUUCAAAUCUGAGAUGGCUUGCUCAAAUCUUUAAUUGCAGUAUUUUUUUUCUCACCUGCAUUCUGCGAAGAAGGCAAUGAGUACUAGCCGAUCAGAGGCAGACCAGGGCAGGUUUACGCCGAAUGCAGACGAUUAAACUUUAACAUUUCCCCAAAACUCUCUCGCUCAGUUGUUGCUCGUAUACCAUUGGUUAAACUACCGCGUGCCAAGUGUGUCUCAGAUGGCGGACCCCUGCUACAGACCAAAACAGAGCUACAAAGAGUGAAUAUUGUACUUACAGUUGUGAGUUUGCCAGAAACAUGACUACAAAUGAAUGCUUGUAUUGCUCUGUGUCUGCUUUUGUUGGCUAAUAUAUUUAGCAUUGCAACUUUGUUAAGCCAUAAUAUGCAAGCGGGAUAUUCAGCUUGUUGUGGAGUUAAAAACCUGAUUACGCCGCUUUCAUCUGAGUUGACAACGUAGAGCUGAGCCUGAUAAGUUGAUCGAAGGAUAACCCUUUUGAUUUACGUAACAAUGCUUUUUUUCUUUUCUUGUGCCACUCUAGCAAUAACAAAGUGGUCUCUCCAUUUUAAACCAUCCAACAAAUGUGUUUCCUGUUGUAUUGAUGAUUACGCCUACAGAAGUUUGCUUGCGUGGCUAAAGACCUUUUCUUGUUUUCUUGUUGUGGGUGGAGCAACAUGACUGUGAUGUUAUUGGUUGUUUUGAAUGUUUCCCUUCAAUCAUGUUAGUUUAUUAUUAUUUGUUAAAUCUUGGCAGAUACUGAACUAUUUAUAUAGACUCAGUUUCUCAAGGAAAAUGUCACUGUUGUGUGUACAAAAAUGCUUUUAAAUAUUAGUUAAUAUAUAUUUGAAUAUGCUUACUUUUUUGCAGUCAAAUAUCUGUAGAGUUAAGAGAACCCAAAAUGCUGAUACGAAUGUGCAGAAACACAAUACAUUUUACUUUGACCACGAUAUGGUCCUUAUGUGGCCUCUGCUAGACAGGAAUGAGAAUACAAAGUAAGAGAAUAAGCUUUUAUUGGUAACAAGUAAAUCAUAGCAGUUUACAAAAAAUGCUAGUAAAGUGAAAUUGUUACUACAGGUGACAAAAACAGAUUUUGAUUGAAUUGAAUGUAAUGAAGCAAUCUUUUGAAUUUGAAGACAUUACCAUAAAUAUUUUCAGAAAUAAA